UCGAUCUUUCUGUCUCUGUGGUCUGGUCUGUCUCCAGGUUGGGAGCUUCACGAAACUUGAAGAUGGGGGAAGAAGCAGGGGUUUCUGUAUGCGUGUCAGACAGUAACGGUGUUGAUCAUAAUCAGAACGACGAUCAAAGCCGUCAACUGGACAUAUACCCUCUCAGUUGCUACUACUUUGGAUCCAAGGAAGCCAUUCCGCUCAAGGAUGAGACUUUAGCUGAUCGUGUUCAGAGAUUGAACUCCAACUAUGCUACUUAUGGAUUGAGGACUUGUGUAGAAGCAGUUAUUUUGGUCGAGUUGUUCAAACAUCCUCAUAUACUGCUCUUGCAAGUAAGGAAUUGUUGUUUUAAGCUUCCUGGAGGUCGCUUAAGACCUGGGGAAUCAGAGGUUGAUGGUUUGAAGCGAAAACUGUCAAGGAAGCUUUGUGUCAAUACUAAUGCUGAUGGGAUUGCUUGGGAGGUGGGUGAAUGCCUUGGUGUAAUGUGGAGUCCAGACUUUGAAACAUCGCCAUGUAUGGACUUGCCGUCUUCAGUGAGAAACCCAAAGGAGUGCACAAAACUCUAUCUUGUAAAGUUGCCGGAAAGUCGGAAGUUCAUUGUUCCGAAAAACCUAAAAUUGCUGGCUAUUCCAUUGUGCCAGAUCAACAAAAAUCGCGAGACGUAUGGACCUAUUAUAUCUGGUGUUCCUGAGAUGCUAGCGAAGUUCACCUUAAACAUUAAAGAAGCAUGAGGGAUCAUAUUGAUUACAAUUACAGAGUUUGCAGUUUGGUUUGUAGCAAUAACAGUGAAUCUAAAUCUCUGGGAAUAUUGAUGUGGCUUGCAGAAUGUAUACAUUUUAGAACAGUGAUGUAAACAACAAUGUGAUUGUAAGUUUUUGAAGACAGCAAUAUGAAUUAUACUUGUUCUGUUUUGGGGUGA